CGGGUCGCCGCCAUCACCGUGACGUCACUGCGCGCGGAUUUCGAAAUCGUUCCCGCGGGAGGAGCUGGAGGCGCGCAGCUGGAGGCGCUGCUCCGGAAAUCCGGGCGGGACGUCGGAAAGAUGCUUGGAUUCACACGAGUGACAGGACCUGUGCGGGACGGCCUGUCUGGUGCUUCCCUCCCUCUCCUUGGUGCUGACACUGGCACUAAUCCCCCCUCGCCGAUAGAUGCACCACAAGCCCACGAGGAUUAGGGCCAUUGUACAUUAUGGCAGCGACUCUGCCUUCAGAUGCUAAGCAGCACGAGGCCCAGCAGGCGGCAGACCAAGCUCCUGCACCCGAGCCAGCCCCCGCCAAGAGGACCGCGAGGAGGCAAUGGAGCAUCCAGGAAGGACCUCGUGGGAUUUUGCGACGGAUGAGAAGCCAGUUAGCAGAAGAUGGUUGUCCGGAGUCUCAACUGAUAAUUGGAAAAACUCUUUUGGAACAAAUCAGUGAUGAGAAUGAAAUUGAUGAAGAAGGAGCGAGACUUGCUGUGUACUGGCUGAGUCGUGCUUCCUUCCAGGGCAACACUGAAGCCACAAACCUCUUGCAAGACUGCAUGGACAAAAAUAUCGGCAUUUGUGAACACAACUACCAUGAAGUCCGUGAAUGUCUUGCAAUGGACCAGCAAGAAAAGUUGGCUAGAAGAGCAGCCCGUAUGCUUUUCACCAGUGUCAGUGAUGGGAAUGACUUCAUCACCAGCAGCAGACUUGGUGUGAAGAUGCAAGAAGUUUUGGCAGGAACUGAAUCGUCUGAGGAUUCUGCGGACUCACUGCCUGUGGACAGCAACAGUGAUUUGGAGGAGCGAUAUGGAGGAGAGAGAUUUAGUGAGGAGCACUUAGUGUCUGCUGCCGUAAUAUACUGUAAUGGCCGAGUUCCUCCCAUUCAUCACUUUAUGAAUCAAGUCUCGCAAAAUGCACAUUCACACCAGAUUCUUAAUGGUUUACUUCUGCCAAUGAGAAUCUUGAAAAAAGUUUAUCAGAGUUGUUUACAGUUUCUUGGUGUUACAUUUACAAAUUAUGUGAAAUAUCUGUUGACUAUCUUGACACCAUUUACUAGUACACUUAUUGUUUGUCUAAUAUCAGGUUUGAUAUCACUAGUAGGUGUCAACAGAGCAUUUUCAGCAUUCCCUAUUUUUAUAUCUUGUAUAUCCUUGUUGGUAAUGAUGGUGGCCACGGCACAUUUGCUGCUGAAUAGAAAACACUUCGACAGUUUCCAUUCAUGGUCUAUCCUCUUCUCACAUUACUGUCCAGAACUUGACAUUGAACAAGCUGAAGGUAAAUUCAAAGCAAGGUGUUGGAAACCAUAUGUUGCUCUCUUAUUAUCUGUAGUAAUGUAUUUAGGAACUGUUCCAUUAGUGUCACCUAAGCUUGUGAUUUGUUUUUUGCCUGUUAUGUAUAUCUUCACAAUUUUAACACUUUUCUUAGUUCCAGAAAAGUUAAAGGUCUGGCAAUUUAUAUCUCUGAGUAUUUAUGUUAUGGCAGUGACUCCAAGUGUCCAUGAAAGUGUCAGCCAAUGGCUCUUUACCAUUACAAAAGGAACUGGUGCAGAAGAGUUGCUAGUAGAACAGCAUAUCGACAUUGGAUGGCAUGUAAAAUUGCACUUAGGUAUUGGACCAUUUCUGCAUCUCAUGUGGUGUAGCUUGCAAAUUCUCAUAUGUGUUACUAAUAAACUAAGUGCGCUCCCACCACAUCUUGUUACUAUUACAUGGUGCCACUUGGCCGUAAUGGCUUCUUACAAGAUAGCAGAACCAUCCAACCUCUUAUAUCCUUUAGCUGCAUGGUCACUGAUAAUGAUGUUACCAAGUAUAGCGUCUCUAUUCUUUCUUUUUGGGCCUGGACUAAUGUUUGCUUAUGUCUGUCUUCAUGUAGGGAUUGAUGGUCAGUUAGCACUAUUUGUAUUUGCAGCUUGCAUUGUUACCACUUGCAUUCUGAAAUUAUGGUUCCCUAAACUUAUAAUUUUUGUCAAGCUGAUCAUAACUAUUGGGACUGUAAUUGCUAUUUUGCAUCCAGAUUUAAUUUUGGCAGUUCCAAAGGCAGUUUAUUCAAAUUUACAGUGGGAAAGUUACAGGAAUGUUUGUGUACCUUCAAAAGAUUCUGCAGCUCUUACUGUUCAUGGUUGUCUUCCUUUACAAGGAGUUUUUGUAAAAUGGCAAGGAUCAGUGUCAGCAGUGAACAUUGUUAGUGUGUUCAAUUUACCUGAAAUGGCCUUAUCAGCACUUCCUUAUGUACUUAGGAAACCUUUAAGGUGUUAUCUUGGUAAGACGUUAUCCCAGUGUCCAUCGUCCAAAGAAAAGACAUUACAGAUCGAACGAUGCCAGAUGAUUCAUUCAGUUUUAGGAGCAGAUGCGUGCACUCUAGAAAGCUGGAAUGAAUACAUGUUUGAAGUUACGGUGGCAAUGAGUUCCUCAGUGUGGAAGUUUGGAGCUGAGGGAUCACAAGUGACUUUACAUGCAGAUAAUACUUUUCAGAAAUUCUUAUUAGGACUACAAAGCGAUGAUGAAAUUGAGUUUAUAGGUUCUCUUUCAAAUGGUAUUGGGACUACCCAACCAAGUUUGCAUUUGACAUCAAUUUCUUGCACAAACUGUAAAGUAAAACUACCCUCUGUAAAGAAAAUUUAUUUUCAUAUUGAUUUUGAUGUAUGGGUCAUUCCAGUCUUCAUUUUUAACUUUUUCAUGGGACCAACACUCACUAUCUAAUUUUGUUUGUGUGUGUGCGUGUGUGUUUGUUUGCAAGUGUGUGUGUGCAUUUGUCUGCAUGUGUGUGUGUGUGUGUGUGUGUGUGUUUGCAUGUGCAUGUGCAUUUGUCUGUGUGUGUGUGUAUGUAUACAUAUGUGCCUGUGUGUGUGUUUAUAUAUAUCUAAAAUUGCAACAUGUAUUUUUAGGGGAAAAGAUAUAUUUGAAUGGUCAGUAGGUUGCAUUGAAUGUGGAUAUUGUAUUUGAACCAGAUGUUUUAUUUGUAAAUUUCAUAUUACUAAAAUAUACUAAUAUUUAUUUAGCAAAGUUAGCCACGGUAUGACAUAUUCCAGAUUCUGGUGAUCCAAAAACACUUUCACCACCACCACUGGUAAUAAGAACAGCAGAAAAAUGCCAAAGUCAUAGAGUUUUGUAAUGGAAAACACAAUUUGUUAAUUUUCCAUAUUUAGCUUGUAUUUAAAUACAAAGAAUGUUUGUGGGUUUGGUUUUUAUACAUGUAGUAUUGGGAAUUGUAAUUGAUGCCCUCAUGUGAUAAAGAAUUUUUUUUUUUUUUUUUUUUUUUUUUUUUUACAAAAGUUAUGAUUAGCCUUGUCCAUGUGGUUUACAAACUAAAAAGUCCUUGAGAAAAGGAUGUCACAUACGUUGUAUAUGGAAAUUUAUGUUCGAGUUCAGAAGUAUCCAUUUGUUUCACGUUUGAACCUUGUAUCAUUUUGCCGAGUAUACAGUGUCGCAGGCUCAUCAAUUUAUGGAAGAAUCUGAAGAGUUUUGGUAUGGGUUUUUAAUUAUUUUUGGAUAUUUGAUAGGAGAUGAAUGUUAGUACAAUUCAGGUAUUCUCAUACGUUGUUUCGGUUUUCAUUUGAUUACAUGUAAUUCUGUGUAUUAUUGUUAGCAGUGUGUUUGGUGGUGAAUGUUGAAGUAAUACAUUUGUAUAUGCUUUUUGUCGUAAAUUAUGAUUAUGCUUGUUUAUGCAAGGAAAUGAUCACCUAUAAUGAAUUAUUUAUAUAUGUGGGUCGCAGAUUACUGACCAGAAGUCUCCUAUUGGGUGGACCAGAACAUAAUUUCUGAUAUAAUUUCUUAUAUAUUUAUUCAGCUUAUGAAUCAAAGUACAAGAAAAGGUGUUAUAACAGUUUUAUAUAUAUCAUAUCGCAGAAAUUUAGACUUAUAGAUUUUUUAUAUAGAAAUGAUUCUGAAAUAUAUAUGUUAAUCAAGUGUAUGAAAAUGGUUUCUGUUAGAAUUAUAAUCUUAAAUUAAAUCGGAAAAUAUAUCUCUUCAGAAACUGUUCAUUGGUGAUAAGUGUGUGCUACAGAAGGGCUAGCUUAAGAGCAAAUCAGGGUGCAUACAUUGGUCACUUUUUAACACACUGGUGAUGGAUAAUGUGGUAUCAUGUCAUGGGGAAUAAUUACAGAUGCUGGGUAAUACCUCAUUAUAUCUUGAGUCCGUCCGGGUGGAUGGAAUGAAGUCUUGCAUGGCCUACCACAAGCUGGACUAAUGCCUAGGGACGCACAAAUGUUAGCGUAUUCUUGCACGACUUCAUGAAAAAUAUAACUCUUCAUUAUUGGGUUUAUGAGGAAGGUGGGUGAUGAUCUCAACUGUAGAUAUUCUUGUUUUGUUGAGCUGAGUAUUAAGAGGUGCUCGUCAAUUUACUAUAUUAUAAGCUGCACAUUUUGAUAUAUUGAUAAGUGAUAAUAAUAGUUAUGUUUCAGGAGCAUUGUUUCAGAGUGUGUUCUUUUUCUUUCCUUUGUUGUUUUUUUUUGGUUAAUAUUUGUUGUAUGCGUAGAUGUACUCGGCUACCAGUGAGUCAAUUUGUAGGCCGUACGUGAUCUCCUGAUUUCCUUUCCUUGAAUUUUCCUUGAUGACUAAGCACUACUGGGGCACAUCUAUGUGUAACUACAAUUGAUAAAUUAAAAUUACAGUAGACGUGGUAUGUAUGUUAUGUCAUAUGCACACAAUAGGUUAAAGGGUUUAGGGCUUACCAAAUCAUGACAUUGAUAUCAGGGGAAAAAGAAAAUUGUGUUUGUGAAGAUAUUCCUGAUAAUAGAUAUGCAUGGAAAUAAACUCUGAAUACUCAUCUGAUGCAUCAUAUUUCAAGGUAAUUUUAAAGAUAUAUUUUUAAUGCUGCUUGACAGAUCUGAAAUUAAUAACUUGAAUGUCAGAAUAUAGUUUCAAAUCGAGCAAAAAGCUUUUGCCGAUCAUUUUGUAAAAAAAAUUCAUCCUGCAGCUUUAGGAAACAGUGAUAUAUCCAAGUAGGCAAACUACUAACAUAUGCUGUGUUGGAAGUGAAAUCUGGAAUUUUGAUUUUUAGUUAUGCUGUUUUUUGUUCAUGAGGUUACUGCUUGGAUGGAUUUCACUGCCUAGAAUCUGUGAUAUACCAGUGAUUUGCUCAUGCUAAGAAUUUAACACUUUGUAUAAGAAUAUAACAUUUUGUAUAAGAAGGAUAUUUUGUACACUUACAUUGAAAAGUGUAUAAGAAUAUAAUAUUUUGUAUAAGAAGGAUAUUUUGUACACUUUCAUUGAAAAGAUUCUCAGCUUUAGGACUUUGGGCAACAGCUAUUUUUUGUUCUUUGAUGUUUUGGUUUAUUUUAGGUAAAUGGAAGAAGAAAGAUGAUUGUUUUUAUAAAAGUAUUGUGGUGAUUAUAAUUACAGUAUUUUCUCUCAUUCUGAUAUGUGAUAACAGUUGUAUUAUUAAAAGAUUUUGUACUAUGAAUUAUGCCCCCAGUAUAAGAUGAAAAAUCAUAAUAUACUGUAUUUUUUUUUUUUCUUUUUUUUUUUUUCUUAUUUGCAAUUGCAAUUGUUAGAUAUGGAAUUUUUCCAGAUACAUUGCCAGAUUUUUUCCGGUGAAAUACUGUACUUUGGGUUUAUAUAGUGUUAAUUUUCUUAAUUUUGUAAGUCCCUUCUAAUAUUUUAUACUAUUGCUUUCCGAAGUAUUGGGUAUAAGUUAUUCCUGUUCCUUUUAUAGUUCACUUGAUUUAUGUUCUAUAUGCUUUAGUAACCAUCACUAGUCACUUGAUAAUAAAGCUGUGGCUUUGUU